CUUGUGCUUGCUUCUCCGUCGUUGCUGGUAUUUUCCCCCCUGCUACAUUGAUCCCAUUGAAGGCGACUAGACCACCCAGCUGUCGAGGCUAUUCAACAACAACCUUCCUGAUACAGCCACAAUAAAAGGUCCCCCCUCAUUCGCCCUAGCCAGCCAGCACCUGUUCCAACGCAACAUUCCCUUCAGGCACUGCAGCUCCACUAGCAACCAAGGCUACUUGACCUAGGUUGUCAAAGUCAAGCAUCCCCUCAGCGCUUAUCUCUGGGAUAACCUGGACCCUGACUUUUGCCUCUUGUUUUCAUUUUUAUAGUCGAGCCUCCCUUUGCCUUCACCCGCUCGUCGCAAGAAAGCAGAACAGAGGCCCAAAACUCGUGCGGCGAUUUUCAAUCGUCGUCGUCGUUUCUGCCUGCCUAGCUGCAGAAUCUCAAGGUCUAAGCUGCAGCUAUCCGAUACCAUCGUCCCCCGCGCCUCGACGUCGGCGACCUCCGACUCAAAAUGGCCGACGACCACAGCGGCACGGAAUCUCAUGUGACUGUCCAACGGCGAACUCACUACUCACCACCAUGGGCAGAUGUUAGCAUCAUUGGCAUUGCCGGCAGCUCGGGCUCGGGAAAGUCUACUCUGUCGCAUGCUAUUGUGAGAAAGUUGAAUCUGCCCUGGGUGGUGAUUUUGUCCAUGGACUCUUUCUACAACCCCCUAACUCCCGAGGAAUCCAAGAAGGCUUUUGCCAAUGACUUCGACUUCGAUGCGCCUGAUGCCAUCGACUUCAAUGUUCUCGUUCAAUGUCUUCGAGACCUCAAGGCCGGCAAACGGGCCGAGAUCCCCGUGUACUCCUUUGCCAAGCAUCAACGACUGGACCAAACCACAACCAUCUACUCGCCUCACGUCAUCAUCUUGGAAGGCAUCUUUGCCCUCCACGACCCUCGCAUCAUAGAUCUUUUGGACAUGAGGAUAUUCUGUGAAGCGGAUGCCGAUACGUGUCUGUCUCGAAGAGUGUUAAGAGACGUCAAGGAGCGCGCCCGAGAUGUCGAAGGAAUCAUGAAGCAAUGGUUCAAAUUUGUGAAACCCAACUUCGAAAAGUUCGUUGAGCCUCAACGCAAAGUGGCAGACAUCAUCGUGCCCAGAGGUAUCGAAAACCAUGUCGCGAUGGCCAUGGUUGUUCAGUACAUCGAGCGAAAGUUGAUCGAAAAGUCAACGCACCACCGGGCGGCAUUGACGCAGCUGGAGCUCGCUGCUGCCAGCGACCCUCUGUCUGACAGAGUCGUGAUCUUGGACCAGACAACGCAACUCAGAGGCAUGUGCACAAUCAUCCAGGACAUCGACACGUCGGCGGAAGACUUCAUCUUUUACUUUGACCGCCUCGCUUGCUUGUUGAUUGAGCAGGCGCUUAACAAUGUGCAGUUCAGGGAGAAGACCGUUUCCACGCCCCAAGGCUACAAGUAUAAUGGUCUUCAGGCUACAGGCGAUGUGAGUGCGGUGCUUGUUCUCCGAGGCGGUGCUGCCUUUGAGACUGCCCUGAAGAGAGUUGUUCCCGAUAUGAGAACCGGCCGAGUCCUCAUCCAGUCCAACGUACGGACGGGAGAGCCCGAGCUGCAUUACCUUAAGCUUCCGGACAACAUUGACGACCACGAGUCGGUGUUGUUGAUUGACACCCAGAUGGCGAGCGGAGGUGCCGCACUUAUGGCUGUGCAGGUUCUCGUCGACCACGGCGUUGCCCAGGAGAAGAUUGUGCUGGCUUGCUAUGCCGCCGGGAGACUUGGUGUUCACCGGCUUGCCAAGGUUUUCCCUGGUAUCACCAUCGUUCUCUGCAACAUGCUUGCCGAUAUCGAAGAUCGCUGGGUCGAGAAGAAGUACUUCCGAUGCUAGUUUAGUAGCCGUCUUUGAGAAAGGUGUGCCAUCGCAUUUCACCUGCGACGAGCAGGUGAUGUAUAUAGCAACAGUAAAGACAAUCAGUACAACAAACUAGGAACAGCAGUGCCAGGAUACACCAUGGCAUCUGCCUUGGAUCUCAACACGGUGCGAGCUUGGCUUGAGUUGAAAACAACCUUGACAUCGUGAGCCAGGCUGCAUCCGCCACUUCCUAUACUUCCAGUCC